GAAGCUGCUGCUUAAGAUCAAACCAAUUAGCAGUAAGUCGGAGGAUUAGAGGCAGCAGCUGAUCUGCUGUUAAUGGGAUCAGAGCUGAUCGGAGGUUUAGGAUGACGAGUCGCAGCUCGCUCACAUUCACACCUCGACGCUUUCUGCAGGAAAAUAUCAGUGUGGCGGAGCCGAGCGCUGAGCCGAUCUGACGGGUUUUAUGUGAAUAUUUGAUUGUGAUUUGAUGGCAGACCCCUCUGCCCCCCCAGCAGUAUGGACUGUCCUGAUCUGCAGCUUGGCAUUAUGGGUCUGAAACCAGGAGUUCUGGUUUUGAGUUCAGCUGCUUCUUUCUGGAACGGAUUAAAACUCUGAAACUCUGACGGAUUCUCGAACUGUUUUCUUCUUGAUACCUGACGUUUAGUGAUUGUUGAUUUCAGUGGAGUGUUUAGGUCUCACUAAGAGCUUAAAAUGCCGUUCAUGCCGGUGAAGUUCAACCUGCAGAAGCGGGUGAAGCUGGCUCAGGGUCUGUGGAUGAUCUACUGGCUCUCGGUCAUCGUGGGGAUCCUCAUCUUCAGCCUCGGCAUCUUCUUCAAGAUCGAGCUGCGGAAGAGAAGCGAGAUGAUGGACAACAACGAGAGCCAUUUAGUGCCCAACCUGCUGAUCCUGGUGGGCUUGUUGGCCUGCGGGGUCAACGCCUUCGGAGGAAAGGUGUGCCACGACUCUCUGGACCCGGUCAAGUUUGCCAAGUGGAAGCCGAUGCUAAAGUCAUACCUGCUGCUGUGCUGCGGCUUCAACGCGCUCCUGCUGCUGACGGCGCUGCUCUGCUUCCUCAUGCAGUUCGCCGUGUACCUGACGCUGGCCGAGGGCCUGAAGAACAGCAUCAAGUUCUACAAGGACACGGACACGCCGGGGCGCUGCUUCAUGAAGAGGACUCUGGACAUGACGCAGAUCGAGUUCCGCUGCUGCGGCAACAACAACUUCAGGGACUGGUUCGAGGUGCAGUGGAUCAGCAACCGCUACCUGGACAUGAGCAACGACCAGGUCAAAGAUCGAGUCCUCAGUAACGUGGAGGGGAAGUACCUGAUGGACAGCGUCCCGUUCAGCUGCUGUAACCCCGGGUCCCCUCGGCCCUGCAUCCAGCAUCACCUGACCAAUAACUCUGCCCACUACGACUACGACCACCGCAUCGAGGAGCUCAACAUCUGGACCCGGGGCUGCCGCGAGGCCCUCUUCUCCUACUUCAGUGGCAUGAUGAACAGCAUCGGCGCACUCAUCAUCGCCACCAUCAUCCUGGAGUCGGUGGACAUGGCGGGGCUGAAGUACCUCAGCACGGCUCUGGAGACGAUGGAGGACCCGGAGAACCCCGAGUGUGACAGCGACGGCUGGCUGCUGGACAAAGGUGUGAAGGAGACGAUCGGCGAGCUGCUCUCCAAGCUGAAGACGCUGGGGAAGAGCAACCAGGUGGACGAGGGCGGGGACGCGCAGGAGGCCGCCACCUGAGAACCCCACCCGCUACAGAGGACUGAGGUCUCCCCCCUCCUCCCCCCGCCUCCCCUCCCAGCUGCUUCUCCCCCAGAAAACAGGGAGCGAGAGAGGAGAGGUGUUUUCCACCGUCUGUACAUACGCCACUGUUACAAUACUACAGCGUGAAUAACACACACACACACACACACACACACACACACACACACACACACACACACGUUCAAAGUGAACAAGUCAUUUAAACUUACUGUGAAUGUUGAUGUUUUCCAUUCUGUAAAUAUGUUGAACAGAGUUUAUUUUUAACCAGGAGGAACAGAAACCUGCUGCUGUAAAUAAAACAUCUGGGUUGGGAUUUUAAAUUCUAUACAAAUGUUAAAUUAACCCCCCGUCAAUGCUUCCUGUCGAGACACCAUCAGGCCUGGAAGACGCCGGUCUUUCCCAGAGCCCGACCGAUACGUCCCACCGCUGAUCAGCUGAUAUCAGACAUGUCUGAGACUUAGAAACUGUUGCAGUUCCACAGUUUGUCCAGCAGAGAGCGCAGCGCAUUAACAGAAUAUAUUUUAUAAAUCUGAGGGAUUCUUGCCAAACAUGUUUGUUUAUGUAAAAAACAAACAUCAGUGAAUGUUUCGUCAUCAGCCGUUUGUACGUCCACAUUUUGGUAUCUGUGUCUCAGACAUCGAGUAUCGGUCGGACUCUGGUCUUUACCGCCGCCGUCUGACCUCUGACUCGGUUGGUUUACGUGGAAACAGACGGCCCAACAUCUGAAAAAAACUAGGGGCGCUCAGUGCUGCCACCGCUGGUCGGAAGUGAUACUGCUCACCAGCAAGAGGUAAAUACAGGGAUAUACACAGUGAGGAAGAUUCACGUGUCUUCGUAAAUUUUACUUGGACUCCGUCUUUUUAGUUUCACUUGUUUUGUUUUUAUGUCACAACUUCUAACUUAAAUUCUUUACUGUCACACGUCGGCGCCAGUCGAAGGAAAGAUAGCUAACGUUAAUGUUCGCAUCUGUAAUCUGAAGCACGUGAUUGGUGGAGCGUGUUGGGGCAGGACUGAGCCUGGCAGACUGAGUUCAGGGUGAGAAUGUCCCAUCGUGGCCGUCUGGUUCCCUGUCAGAGCGACGCUGGUUCAGACUGAAACAGGAACGUUUUUUUACUCUAAAGUUGCAGCCAAACAACACACACGCUUUGAUGAGCAAGUUCAUCAGACUGUACUUUAAUGUUUAGUGUUUCUCAGCGUAGCAGACAGGAAGCUGCAUCAGAGAGUGUGUGGGUCAGUCAGCUGUGUAGUGAUUAAAGGUCAGUUUUCAGCUACAGGUUGUAAUAUUUCUAUGUUUCUGUUCUCUUUCUUUGUGAUAUGGAGAGUUGUGAUGUUUUCAGCCAGUUGUUGUGGGUUGGUUGGAGCUUGUAGUCGCUCCGCUGUGUACGAUAAAACCUAUAAAGAGAUUGUGACUGACA